AGCAACGUUCGUGCCGUCACGAAAAAUGUCCGUGCUGCGUCAGUUUGUUGUCGGUGUUCCGUGGUGUCGUCUUGCCAUGGCGCCCAACUGACAAACCCGACAACCUGUGUUACCGCAGUAGACUGCGUCUCCGUACGUCAAGACGCGGCACACGGGGCAGCAGUCGCAGAUGAUUCCGUAACGGCGACACGCAUAGGCCGUCCGUGCGCUUAUCAGCAGGUUCGUCUCGUGGAUGGAAAGGGGUAUUUGUGCGCUAUCGUUCACCAUGCCCAAGCGUAAGUGUGGGUCUUCGGAGACAUGGGGAGGCCCGCGGACAAAACCCAGCGUACUCUCUGCCAACCUGCGUUUGGCGAAGAGCUUUUUCACGGGCUCCAGCAUCAACUACCGGACUCAGUGCACGAGCAGCGAGGGCCGCCUGUGCGAGGUCUUCAGAGACCUUUCCCUGUGGAACGAGUUCUUCUGGCAGGUGGGUCUCGAACUCCGGGAGCUAUCGCCGGGCCAGCUGUCUCUCGUCGAAAUGCACGGCGCGCACGUUCCCCUGGAAAUGCCCGAACAGAAGCACGAGGCGGCCACGCUGCUGCACCGGCUGCUGACGCUUCACCACUGCAUCGUUUCGGUGGACCUGAACGGCUACAUAUUCAAGGGCCACCACCAGCUGAUAUGCGACGCGCUGCGCAAGAGCUCGAGCCUGAGGAAGCUCAAGCUCUGUCUACUAACCAUGAACACGCACGCGUCGCAGAGCUUCGCCGGCGCGCUGCCGUACCUGCACAACCUGCGAGAGCUCGAGUGCCGGCAGGUGCACUUCGACCGAACUUUCCUCGACGGCCUGUCGGUGUUCCUGGCCGACACCUCAUCGCUGACGACGCUCACGAUGAGCCACCUGCACAUCGAGCGGGAGGACGCCAUCGUUAUCCUGCAGGGGCUCAAGAGAAACUCGACCAUCACGACGUUGUCGCUCAACACGUGCAUACUGAGCCCGGUCUCGUCCAGGUGCAGCAUGAUGUUCGCCGACUACCUGCGCGAGAACCAGACAUUGCGCACCCUGAGCGUGACGUCACGCUACCUGAAGAACGUCAUCGAGCUGCGCCUGAUCAUCCGGGCACUGUUCCACAACAACACCCUUUCCGAGCUCAACCUGGUGCGCUUCUCUCUGGACAACGAGAACAUCCAGCUCAUCACUCGGCUGCUGAGUCAGAACCGGACCCUGAGGAGCUUCCACAUGGUCGGCUGUGUGUGGUACGAGCGCGCACCUCAGUAUGGGGCUGACGCUGGCAUGCACCACAUGGAAAACUUCGGCAGCGUGUCGAGUCGAAUCCGUCCGUGGCUUGUGGCCCUGACCGAGAACAAGACGCUCGACGAGCUAACCUUGGACCUGUCGUGCUUCAACCCCGACGAGUGCAGGUCCUUCUUCAGGGCGCUCGCGUUGAACGCGUCCCUGAAGAAGAUUACCGUCGAGCGACUUCGACGCAAGGACGUGGCAGAGAUAUGCCGCGCCCUGCGAGAGACCGGCAUGCGAGAGCGGUUCUUCCUUGGCAUACACCACGUGAUCCAGGACCCGGUCGCGACGCUCACGGAGUGCAAGGAGCUGUCGUGCAUCAGUGUCGACUCGACGAUCCUCCACGACUUCGACCCACUGCACACGACCCUGUGCCUGCUGCCGUCGUGCAAUCAUGUGACAUCGCUGUGCCUGAGGGUGAGCCAGGAACUGUUCAAUGGCAAAGUGAGCUCCCUGAUAGCGCAGUACAUCACGGGCACGACGGUGCUCAGGGAGCUGGAACUGACAUUCUUUUUCGACUCGGGGAACUGGAAUGCUGCUGACCGGCCCGAGCGGGCGCUAGUGCAAGCACUGUCUGUCAACAAGAGCAUACACAGGCUGUUCAUCGGGGGCCUCUGCUUUGACGAUACCGAGACUCAGAUGCUGGCAGACACGCUGCAAUCCAGCCGGGCACUUUGCGACCUGUCCUUCUACCCCGACGACUACAAGUCGGCCAUCUCGCUGAUCCGGAAGCUGUCGCCAAACUUUUCCAGCAACUACACGCUCCUGGGCAUGCGCCUGAGCAAACGCCGGGAGCUUGGAGGUGACUGGUUCACUGUUGCAGAUGUCGUGCGGCGCAACUUUUCUCUGGUGAUGCGCGCUUCCCACUUCGUCAUGGGAACGAGGCACAAGUACUGCGCAGCAGCCGCCGAGCUGGUGCACUUCAACCCCGGACUGGUGGCAAAAGUGCAGGAACUCGCAUCUGUCGAUGAAAGCGAGGCUGUGUCGCGGAUCAAGGCUAGCCUCAAGACCUUUUCCGAGCUGGAUGACUUCAUGCGCCUGGCAGGGGUUGUCAAGUAUGGUGUGACUUGCCACAAGCGCGACGACGGUCAGAAGCAGUUGGUCGACCUCGGUCGAGACUGCUGGUUGUGCAUACGGCAGUAUCUCAAGGUGGGCGACAUCCUGGAUGCGCAGUAGUGUGGCUUUGCUUCUGUGUCGUAGCCAAGUGCAGUGUGUCCAGAGUUACAUGCAUUAUUAGGAGAGCAGCAUGCCAGCACUACACACAACUUUACGCUCUCACCUCUUUUGUGUGUACAAGCCACCUUAUGGUGACUGCUGCUGGAGCUGAUGUUUGGCAAGAUUUCUGCAUGCGGUUGUCAAUCCAAACAUCAGUUCCUCUCUUUUGAGUUCUUUAUUUGGACAGUGGGUCAUUUGAUGCUUUCAAAUGACUUGCUGUUGUGUUGCUGUCGCUUUCAUUGUGUGAUUGAACAGCAGUAAUGUAAAUUAGCGACCCUUCGGGCACCGUCCUUGGAUGUUUGAUUGAAGGCUUGUAUGCGACAGUAUCGGGUGCAGGUGCAGCAAUUUCACUACGGGGACAGUAGCCACAUUGGCCAUGCACAGCAGCACCUUAUGAAUCGGCCGUAGUUCUGCCGUGCAUGGCUAGACUGAUAGCUAGAUGCAGGCAGAACCACUUCGCCGGCCAUUUCUUUAGUCUCAGUGCUGUUUGUGUGACUUAGUGGUUGGCUAAUGUUUUGGAUGUGUGCAGAACACCAGUUAAUUGGGAGUAAUUGUGUGCCAUUGUUAGCCAAAAAAAACAAGGACACCCUUUCCUUUCUUUUUUUUUGCCACAGGAAUUGCAGCUCUGGCAAACUUUUGCAUUGUCGCAGCAUUCCCUCUGCAGCGAUCAUAUUCAAUACCUCUGUACUGCUUAUAGCUUUUUUUUUUUUUUAAGCGAAGCCUUCUUUGACUUUUCCCCCAACUUUACGAGUGCUGUCUGUCUUGCAGAAUACGUGUGGCACCAGAACAUGGCACGAAAGCAUUACGUUGGAGCACCAAGUAUGGUUGGUGGCGCGUGGGAGCAGGUCUUUAAAUAAAAGACAACGCAUCGCGUAGCAACCAGAGGCAUUAUACACCGAGCGCAGACAAGAGCUCCAACACUAACAUAGUGGGGUUGAAGUGUCUACUAAGUGCAGAGGAGGCACAUGUUCAAAACACGCUUAGAGCGGAUCAGGAACAUCUUUCAUGCACAGAAAAGCACCGUUUAAAAUGUUCGCAGAUGUUGGCUCACAAAUGCAAAGUGUAGCAGUAUCAGUGUCGAGCGGAGGCGAUAAUUACCGAGGAGUUCGGUGAACUUUUCACCCUGAAAUGUGAAACAGAGCAGCAUCCAUAUGCAGCUAAGAAUAGCUUGGAACACGAGUGCACUCUUGCUCGUAAAACAGAAAGCCGGAUGGUGUCAAUACGCAGCAACACAGCAGCAGGAUGGAACCAUGUCGUUUACGGCUGCAGUCAAGUGCUAUUUGAAAUACAAUUUGCAGGGUGAGCUUAGUUCAGUGUGUAGAGUUGUGCAAUACCAGUUUGGCGGACGUGUCUGCAGUAUUGGAGCGCCACAUUGUGAAGCACCUCACUCGACGUAAAUGUGUCCAACUUCGUCGUGCGCUCUGUACUUGGCAAUGGCUGUUAAUCAAGAACAGCAUUAAUCAGCUGUUAAUCAAGAACACCAAAGAAAGCUUCGCCUAAACCAAUUCUCACACUUUGUGGAAUGUGCACAAUUUCUUUGUUAAAGCCUUGCUUCAGCAUUUCUACACAGUUGUGAAUGAUGCUGAUGCCACUGGACCAGCCAAGACAGAUAGAGCACUCAUGAACAUAUCCACACCUGCUACUGUGAACAGCAGUUAUGAGCGGGGAAAAAAAAAAAAAGGCUGAUUGUGUUUUUCACGUUUCAGUUAAUGCCUCGCUCAUGCAAAAAAUAAAAAGAAAAAAAGAAACGUGGGCAGCUUGCACUAGUGGUGCAGGGCUGGAGUAACCAGCGGAGCUGGUGAUCGACCUAGCUUUUCUUCAGGUUUUACUAGGCUUGGCUAAGUUUUGCUAGGAAAUGCUAAGUGCUGCUAGGCACGGUAUUCCGAAUCGGCUCACCGCCGACACGCAGAUUCUCGCGUGGCUGCGCGACGCGCUUCGAGUUGAGCGGCUUCCUCUUCGGGUGUCCGGAUCUUCUUUGGUCGUCCCCUGUCAAGGGUACAUGUACUCGCCACAGAGUCAACGAGAGUUCUGCCGACGUUGCGGCGGCUCCGAGCUUUAUCUCCCCGGUGACGUCACGGCCAGGCUGCGCCUCCACACUUUCCGGGGCGUGGCUGGUCGAAAUCUGCCGAGCCGACGCCAGAGGCACGUGCUGCAGUCACGGACACCAGCGCGCAUUCUGCGCGAACACGGGGAAACGUGGGCGGCGUCGGAAGCAGCUCUGCGCGUUGCCUCGUUGGCGCUGCUACAAUUUCUUUCUCUCUCUGUCUCUCGCUCUGAUUUUCUCUUUCCCUCCCCCGAGCAUUGCGCGCGCCCCGCGCAUGCUCUCCUUCCCUCUCCUUAACGUCCCAUGUCAAGGCAACAUGCGCACAGCACGGAGAGGAGGCGAAGCACACGCCGCUCCGCGAGGUGGUUGCUAGGCAACCCAGGUGACUCAUCGCUCAGCGAUGUUUUACGGCUCGCGGCACAACUUACGGCUGGCUUAAACAGCUGCGCUGUUAAAAAAAAAAGGAUUUUCAAGAAGCUACGAUUGAACAUGGAAUUUUCAAGCCCUACGUUCUGAUCACUACGACAUGGCCGGUUCGCACGAGUAAAUGGACAACACCUUCAUUAGGCACGUACGAGCACUAACCUGUCGAGCUCAUUUCAUGCACUGUACCACAGGGUUGAUUGAGACGGUGGUUGCACGUGCAAGGCUGCCUUUUUUUUUUGCUCUGCCCUGUUUCCAUUGCAUUGUACGGGAAGGAAAGUAGUGCAGUGCCAGUGCACUUAUGCAUCUGCGUUGAAGCUGGGAACGUUUUUCCAGCUUGCUAGGAUGCUUCUUAUGCGACUAGCCAGUGCUCUACCUAUUAGGCCACAGAUACACGCGUGGCGCAUGAAAGUAACAACGUUAGCAUACUCCUUUUCACGUGCGAGCUUGCCCUUUGACGACAAUUGCCACACGCGUUAGUGGCGCCUAGCAGCAAUUCACUUUUCUCGUGCGAGUGUGCAUUGGUUUUCCCUCAUUCUUUCCCCGCGGCAUCUGGCUAACACUUUUGAGACGCUACUUGCGCUGCCUUUUCGGAUCGACCCAGCUCGUAACGAAACAGGUUGCGACGUUUAAUUGCCGGGUAGAGUAAACUGGUUGUAGCCAUGGUGUUUUGUCAGUAGUACGCAAGAGUUCUUUGGGUGUUACUUGAGUACUUUCAGAGAUUAGCAGAAGUAACAGAGCGGUUCUUCCAAGAUCGCAUGUGGGAAUCUCUAAAUGAGUCGAGGAGUCAAGCACUCGUUAACUGCUGUUCACAGUCACUGAGUUGAAGGGACACUAAAGAGGAAAAACAUGAUCACUUUUCUAGCAUAUCAAGAAAGCCAUUCUUAGUAUAAGUGGAGGCUUGAUAUAAGCCAGAAAAAAAAAAAAAGGCAGGUGUUGAUUCUAUCUUUAAGUUCCUGCGCCAGUUAGCCAUAAUGUCAUAAAAUUUAACACUGCAUGCACAGCACUAGUUAACUUUUUUUCAGUAAAUAUGGAAUACAAUUAUAUUCUGAAGUAGCAAAAGGCUAAACUUGGCAGGUGUCGAGUAUUUUUGUUGACCUGCAGGCAGCAGAACUAAGAAACAGAAUUCUUUAAAAUUUGUGAUGUCACAGUGAUAUACCACUGUUGAGGUGUCGGCACAAAAUUAAAGAAAUUGAACUGGAGACUUCAUUUUCGCUUGUAGAAAUCAACCCGCUGCCGUUGAAUAAACGAAAUAGUUUAGAAAGAAUGAUUUAUCAGUCUGGGUGUUUACCACUUUAGUGACCCAUUAAGAGUGGACACCACUGUACCUGGCACUACCGUAACCAAGUGGCACUAAACCGUAUGCUUUGAUACUCCACAACCAGCCGACUUGUAAGCAUUGACAAGUGGGCAGUAGCGCACCCAGGAUCUCUGCCAGGGGGGGGGGGGGGGG